AUGGGUAGCCUGCAGUUAGUUCUCCUGCUCCUGCCCUUGGCGGUCAUUCAUGGGGUCGAGGGCUAUUUGGAGUGUGACCCCAAAUUCACCGAGGAUAUUAGAUCCUUGCUGGCAAAUAUGGUACCCCUGGAUGUCCCUGGCUGAACUCAGCUGCUUGAAAGGCACUUUAAACUGAUGGUUCAUUUAAGCUUCAAGGUUUCCCACAAGGACAAGAUGCUUCGGGUUCUGGCUGUUUCAAAGGUUGUCAAGUUGAGACUAUGGCUGAAGGAUGAAUUUUAUAGACUGGGCAAUGACACAUGGAAAGGUGCCUUUAUCUUUCAAGGCAAGCUUCUCGAUGUCCACCAAAACCUGGAAACCAAACUGAAAGAAAGACUGAAGGACUUCUCGGAAGUUGCUUGUUCUGAAGACUGCAUUGUGACUGAAGGUCCUGUCCUUGAUUGUUGGACCUGUCUCCUCAUCUCCAUUCAGUGUUUCAAAGGGGAAUACUGUGAAGAAGACGAUCCAAGGAAGGCUGAUCAAGAGAUUAUAGUAUUUUUGACAGUCCUAACAGAAGCUGUACUACUGACAAGUGCUGUAUUACUCUUCUAUAUCUGUAUAACUCACCGGAGGAAAAUGAAGAGAAUACGAAGCUUACUAAAGCAAUAUUCGAAGAAACUUGAAUAUUUAGUGAGGAUGACAGACAAAGAGAAGGAGAAAAAUAUUGGACCCACAAGCCGGAUCUGGUAUCUCAGUGCUCUGAUCCUCCUGGAGGGUCCCCUGGGCAACACUGAGCUGCAGUUCGAAUCAGUCUUCAUGGUCUUCGGGAACAUUCCUGUUCGGCAAGUGUGCAGUGACAAUACCUAA